AUGACUGAGCGACGUGCUUUUGCCGCAUUGAUCUCGAUUUUGAUGGUGAUCACCGGAUCAUUAAAUACGAUUUGUGCAAAAUGGGCUGAUAGUUUAAAACCACCGGGAGAAUCCGUCAAUUUCAAUCAUCCUUUCUUACAAGCUACCUGCAUGUUCUUCGGUGAAUUCUUGUGUUUGGUGGCUUUCUUCAUCAUCUAUAUGAUCAAACGAUACAGAUGGAAUCGCUCAAAGCUUUCUGGUGAAGGAAUCGGUUCGCUCGAUGAGAAGCCAUCUCUUCCUCAAUUCAAUCCACUCGUUUUCCUUCCGCCUGCUUUGUGUGAUAUCAUUGCCACUUCAUUGAUGUAUAUUGGACUCAAUCUUACAACAGCUUCCUCCUUUCAAAUGUUGAGAGGAGCUGUCAUUAUUUUCACGGGUCUCCUCUCCGUUGGAAUGCUUGGUUAUCGCUUUCAACCAUUCAAAUGGAUUGGAAUGUUCUUUGUUAUGAUGGGAUUGGUUGUGGUUGGAGUGACGGAUAUUAUUUAUGAAAAUUCAUCUACAAAUGAUACAAAUGGAAUGAUCACUGGAAAUCUUCUCAUCAUCACCGCUCAAAUCAUUGUCGCUAUACAAAUGGUUUACGAGCAGAAAUUUCUUAAUCAAUACAAUGUGCCAGCUCUGUUCGCUGUUGGACUUGAAGGACUCUUUGGAAUGAUGAUCUUGAGUGUGUUGAUGUUUCCAAUGUAUUUCAUUCACGUGCCAAAUACUUUCUCAACAAAUCCACAAGGCCGAUUGGAAGAUGUUUUCUUUGCUUUGAAAGAAAUCAGAGAAUGCCCAACAAUUGCUGUGGCUUUAGUGGGAACGAUUAUUAGCAUCGCUUUCUUCAACUUCGCAGGUGUUUCAGUGACAAAAGAGCUCUCAGCCACGACAAGGAUGGUUCUCGAUUCGGUGCGGACAUUGAUCAUCUGGGUUGUGUCGAUUCCAUUCUUUGGGGAAACAUUCAUCCCACUGCAGAUUCUCGGCUUUGCUCUCCUAAUCCUUGGAAUGUUCAUCUACAAUGAUAUCCUUGUUGGACCGUUCACUCGUCGACAUCUCAUUCCACGAAUGAGUGAGAACAAUCCAAUGACCAGUUGCUGUUUCCACUGUUGUGGUUUGGAUACAACCGAAAUCGAUCGUCAAAUGCUCAUCAAUGAGGAUGAAGAGGAGGUU